AUGGCCCGCAACUCAGCGAGUCCCGAUCACGCCAACGACGACAAUGCCACCAGCUCCAGCUCGGGCAUCGAUAACCCUAACAUUACAGCUUCAAUUUCCAAUGAAGACAGUACUAGGAUGAUUGUGUCCUCAGAUCGGAAAUUGAGAACUAACCGACUUCAUCACCACCACGAUCCAUCUUGGUCUCAAAAAAUUUACCGGUUUCGCCACCCAGGCUCGCAUUCCUUUCCACUUGUGAUCAACAAGGAAGAGCAAUACAGUGCUACACUUUCAUCCAAAAGGUUGGUGUUUCACUUGCCAGUUCUCCCCAAGGUCUCAUCCUUUGUGGCCGUCACAAUAAGGCUUAUCUCGUCUGCAAUCCCAUUAAAAACCAGUGGUUAUCACUACCUAAACCGAGCUUGCGAUGUAAAAGCUCUGGCAGUUGGCUUUUCGUGUUCAGAGGAUGACAUGAUGAGUUUUAAAGUCAUUCGGGCUUCUAUUAGACUCCCACAAAUUGAAGAUAACAAGCUGCAGAUUGAAACCUUCUCUUCUCAAACUGGCAAGUGGAAAACAUCUCAGCUUUCUUUUCCAUCCAAGUUUUCUUUGAUUCCAUACGAGAAGUGCGACGUGAUGGGAGGGAUUUUUUACUGGCGAGCCAAGGGAGAUGCUGUGGCUGCUUACGAUCCUGGAAUGGGAAAAAAUCAUGUAUGGUUGAUGAGAUUUCCGACUACUGGUUUGAAUGGGAUGGUUAGAGCUAUGCGGGGCUGA